AUGGCCAAGCAAGGCUCACCUCCAUGCCCUUCGGCCAGUGCGCUGGAGCUGGCAGCAUCGUUUGUCGUCGCCAAUGGCCUUUUGGACCCUAUUCGAACAACCACGUCAAAAAAACGUUCUCGACGGGACGGACAACUACGUGUGUCAACGGCCGCCAGACUUGUCCGGCAAAUGGAGCCAACCGAAGACCCUCGGCCCUACCGCAAACGAAACAAGCGAGCUGCAGAGACCUAG